AACAAAUGGAUCCAUGAACGAGGAAACGAAUUCCGACGUCCAUGCGGUUUGAAGAUGUCCGAUGGGGAAAGGUUCAUCGGUGAUCUCGGCUAUGGUCCAACACCAAGGAAUCAUCCGAAUCUCAGUCCAGUACUAUCUAAGGACGUCUUUAACACAAUUUAA